UUCUUUCCUCCUCCAUGAAGAAUGGAACAGACUCUCUCUGCAGGAAAAACUCAACCCCACUCGCUCGCUCCCUCACUCACUCACUCACUCACUCACUCUGUCUGCUGUUUCUCAUUCGUGUCCCACGCUCUCUUGCUCUUGUUCUCGCUCUCGCUCUCACUCGUCGUCGCUACGCCUGCCCUUCCCCCUCCCCCUCCCGUGUCUAUCCCGCAAUCCUUAGCGCUUCCUCCCUUCUCGCCACACCCCCUCUUUUUCUUUCUCUUUCUCUCUCUACUUCCUGCUUCCGCUCUUCCGUUUCUUCUCAUCUGCUCUCUUCCCUCUUCGAUGCCAUGCUGCUUGCCCGCGUCUUUUCGGUUGGAAGUGAAGAAUGAUGCCGCAGUUUGGGGUUUGAGGCUGGUUUCGGUGGUGGCUGCUUAGUAUUCAAGGAUGAUUGUGGGUGAUGCCGCCAGGGGAUGGUUUCUUUCGAGGAAGAGGGGAGGUGUAGAUCGGUGCAGGGUUAUGCAGCAAGAAUAUAUUCGAUUUGGGCCGCGUGAUGCAAUGCUUGAGGAUAGGUAGAACACGAAGCGGGGGAUGUGACCUUUGAUUGCGUGCAGGAGCGGGUGACGUUCUGAUGGGCGAGGACGGAGGAAUUGCAGAGUGCGCGGAGUGGAAGGAAUAAUCGGCGCGGAUAUUGGGAGUUGGCAACCCUAAGAGAGGUUGAAGCGGCAAUUUGUGUGGGUGAUGACGAAGCAGUGACGGCACGAAGAUGGUGCAUGCGCGGUGCGCAUGCAAAUGACACAGAUCAUCGGAGGAGCAGCUGAUGACAUGUCCAACAAGCGGCGGCGCAAUGUCAAUGUGGCGGUGGACGAUCAGGAGCAGCAGCAGGCUGUUGUAUAUAAGAAAGCCAGGAUAACAUCGUCGCCGACAUCGUCGGCGGCGUCCACUUGUGGUGCACCGGCGGUGCCGGCUACAGAAUCAGGUGUUGAAAGUGACGCGGGUCGCGAUGCGCAUUGGACAAGUCUUCCAGAUGAAACCGUGCUUGGGUUGUUUAAUCUGCUGAACCACAGGGACAGGGCGAGCCUUGCGUCCGUGUGCAAGGGAUGGCAGGUGCUGGGGAGCUCGCCAUCGCUGUGGAAUUCGCUGGAUCUUCGGUCGCACUCGUUGAAUUCGGAGAUGGUGUCUGCGCUGGCAGGACGAUGCUCGAAUUUGGAGGCGCUGAAGUUCCGCAGAGGUGCCUCUGCGAGCUCAAUUGUGGGGUUGCAGGCGAAGGGGCUUAGGGAGCUGAGCGGCGAUUGCUGCAGCCAGCUGUCGGAUGCAACCCUGUCCAUGGUGGUCGCCCGGCAUGCGAACCUGGAGAGCUUGCUGCUGGGUUCGGAUUGCGAGAGAGUGACGAGCGAGGCAUUGAAGGUGAUUGCAGUGUGUUGUCCGAAAUUGCGACGGCUGUGCGUGUCGGGCGUCCUAAAAGUGGAGAGAGACGCCAUCCAGGCGUUGUUCCAGCAUUGCAAGGGUCUGACGGAGCUGGGGUUCCUGGACAGUCACACCAUCGACGAAGGGGCGUUCGGGGGUGCGAGCAGCCUGCGAUUUUUGUCGGUAGCGGGAUGCAGGUGUAUAGUGUGGAGCACGGCGGCGCAUUGGUGGAGCAAAUUGCCGAACCUGGCAGGGCUGGAUGUUUCGCGGACAGAUAUCACUCCGACUGCGCUGAUGCAGGUCCUGGCAGGGCCCGAGCUGAGGGUGGUUUGCGCUCUGAACUGCCCUGUUCUGGAGGAGGGCAGCAACCCCGUGACACUGCCGUCGUCGAAGAAGACGGUGGUGCUGGCUCGGUUCACGGAUGUGAUGGAAGGGUUGGAUGCUUUGCUGAGCCCGAGCAAUUGGAAGGAGGAGGCAGGCUCGUGCGCGAGGUCGAGGUGCGGCGGGCGCGCGCGCGCGGAUUCGGAAGUGGCGAAGUGGACGGAGUGGAUGUUGUCGCAUGCGGUUUUGAAGAUCGCGGAGUGCAAUGCACCGAGUCUGCUGAAGCAGGGGAUCGCGAUGAUGCUUCGACUGGUUCAAAGCGCGCAGGAGGAUGUACAGGAGAGGGCUGCGUCGGCUUUGGCGACGUUUGUAGUGGUGGACGACGAGAACGCGACUGUAGAUUCUGCGCGGGCGGAAGCUGUGAUGAACGGGGGCGGGAUCGCGCUGCUGUUGGGGCUGGCGAAGUCUUGCCGCGAGGGGGUGCAGUCGGAAGCUGCGAAGGCCAUCGCAAAUUUGUCCGUGAACACGGAGGUUGCGAAAAGGGUUGCUUUGGAAGGGGGCAUCAGUAUCCUGGCUGGUUUGGCGAGGUCCCGGAACCGGUGGGUUGCUGAGGAGGCGGCGGGGGGUUUAUGGAAUCUGUCGGUGGGAGAGGAGCACAAGGGUGCGAUAGCUGGCGCAGGCGCAAUCGAAGCACUGGUGGGAUUGGCAUUCAAGUGGCCCGCCGGAGGGGAGGGUGUCCUGCAGGAGAGAGCAGCAGGUGCGUUGGCCAACCUAGCAGCCGAUGACAAGUGCAGCAUGGAAGUCGCAGUGGCGGGGGGUGUGCGGGCUCUGGUGAGGCUGGCGCGGUUUUGUAACCACGAAGGCGUGCAAGAGCAGGCAGCACGCGCGUUGGCGAAUCUUGCGGCUCAUGGAGACAGCAACGGUAACAACGCUGCUGUAGGGCGGGAGGAAGGCGCGCUGGAAGCUCUGGUGCAGCUGACUUGCUCAAAUCAUGAAGGUGUCAGACAAGAAGCAGCGGGAGCAUUGUGGAAUCUGUCGUUCGACGACAGAAACCGAGAAGCUAUUGCAGCGGCUGGUGGCGUGGAGGCACUGGUGGCUUUGGCUCAAGGGUGUAGCAGCGGAUCUCAAGGUCUGCAAGAGAGGGCUGCGGGUGCAUUAUGGGGGCUGUCUGUGUCGGAGGCGAACAGCAUUGCUAUCGGGCGCGAAGGCGGAGUGGCUCCACUGAUCACCCUGGCGCACUCUGAUUUUGAGGACGUACAUGAAACAGCGGUGGGAGCGUUGUGGAACCUGGUUUUCAAUCCUGGCAACGCACUGCGGAUGGUGGAAGAGGAGGGAGUCCCGGCGCUGGUGCAUUUGUGCUCGUCGUCGAGAUCUAAGAUGGCGCGGUUUAUGGCAGCUCUGGCUCUGGCGUACAUGUUCGAUGGCAGGAUGGAUGAGGUUGCAGUUGGAUUGUCGAGUGUGGAGAACAACGGGAGGACAGUGAGCUUGGAGGCAGCAAGGAAACUGGCGUUGCGAAACAUCGAUGCGUUCGUGCAAACGUUUUUUGAUCCGCAGUCUUUGACAGCUGCUGCGUCAUCGUGGGCCGGUGCGACGUUGAACCAGGUCGCGGAGACCGCCACAAUCCAAGAAGCCGGGCAUCUGAGAUGCAGUGUAGCCGAGCUCGGGCGGUUUGUGGCCAUGUUGAGGAACGGACAUGCAGUUUUGCGAUCGUGUGCGGCAUUCGCUCUUCUGCAGUUCACGAUGCCUGGAGGCAGGCAUGCGCUGCACCACGCAGUUCUGCUGCAGAAGGUUGGUGCGAGUCGGGUUCUGCGGACUGUGGCUGCAGCAGCGACGGCAGCAAUGCAGGCCAAAGUGUUCGCCCGAGUGGUUCUUCGAAACCUGGAGCAUCAUCAGGCGGAGAGCAACACGGUGGUGGCACUGUCGUAAGAGGUUGGGAUGAGGUGGAAGAAGCGGGGUAGCACACGAGGGGGUCGAGUUGGUGUGAAGUAAAUUUGAAAAGUGCAUGCCAUUGGAGGAUUCUUUCUUUUUAAUCUUUCUUUUUUAAAAUGUUUUCUUUUUUCCUUUUUUUUUGGGUGAGGUAGUCCUUGGUUUGCAGGAUAGGUUUGUCACGAUUGAAAGCUAAAAGACGAAUGUAGGAGAGAAGUGGCGGUCCGCAAUGCAGGUUGAAAACCGCAUUGGUGUGAAACCGCAUUCAUGGUGUGAUGAAAGAGCACUGAGAGUUUGUUGUGCAGCUUGGUUGUAUGCCACAGUCACACGAGUAUUUGAGUAAUUCACAAGGCCACGUUAAUUGUA